AGGCUGACCAAUUCCAAUAUGGUGGCCAGCUUGGCAGGUCUACGGUUCCUGUUGAUGAUAUUGUUGUUCUGCGGGAUCAGGUACGGCGCCUGCAGCCAGGAAGCUCCGCUGGUCCUGGGGCUGCGACUGGAAGACCCGGCGGGUCUGGUGUGCAUGAAGGAUCGGACCAUCUUGGCGCCAGAAGGAGCCACGUUCAAGCUCCGUCUCUUUGGGACUGAUCUGAAUGGAAGCUGGCCGUGGGUGGCGUUCGCAGGGGCAGCUGGCGGAGCGGCCGGAGCGGUCGGGGAUGCGCCUGACCCGUGCGGGGAGGAGUCCAACCGUCACGAGUCCGCUUUCCAGGUGACGCCGACGGAAGAGUUCACCCGGGACGAGGACUACAGCGGGCUGAUAACGGUGGAGGUCCGGCAGAGGAGCAUCUCUGCGGGCGCAGCUGGCGGCGAGCAGACCUACCACCACCUGUGUGUGCUGAGCGGGGGGAGAUGGGCAUCUGCGGGCCCGGACAGACUGCGGGUAAACAUCGACAAGGGUCUGCCCGCGGACUACAUCCCGCCGUGGGGUCUGGGCGUGCUGAUCGUGGUGCUGCUUGUGGUCUGCGGGGUGCUUAGGACAGUGAACCUGAGCCUGCUAUGGCUGGACCCCGUGGAGCUUUAUGUCCUUCAUAGUUGUGGAUCCGAGGAGGAGAAACGGGCCGCCAAGCGCCUGGAGCCAAUCAGGAGGAGGGGAAACUUCUUGACUUGUUCUCUGCUGUUCCUGUGUGCGGUGGGACACUCGGUCCUGGGUGUCCUCCUGUACCGGGCUCUGGGCUCCAUCGUCUCUGCGGUCUUCACCAGCGGCUUCCUCAUCUUCUUCCUGGCUGAGUUGGCUCCUCACAUCCUGUGCUCUGGUUAUGGAUUUCAGCUGGCGCCGGCUCUGACCUGGCUGGCCCAGGUUUGUAUGGUGCUCACCUGCCCCCUGUCCUGCCCUCUGGGGCUGAUCCUGGACCUGGCUCUGAGGAGGGACAUCAGCACCUGCGGGAUAAGAGAGCGGGCCAUGGAGAUGAUCCGCACGAGCGUCAACGAUCCGUACAGCGAGUUUGUGAAGGAGGAGUUCAGCCGCGGGAUGCUGCGCUCCAAGACGGUGGAGGACAUCCUGACCCCCCUGAAGGACUGCUUCAUGCUGCCCAGCUCGGCCGUCCUCGACUUUUCCACCAUGUCUGAGAUCAUGCAGAGCGGGUACACCCGGGUGCCCAUUUACGAGGAGGAGAGGUCCAACAUCGUGGAGAUCCUUUACGUGAAGGACUUGGCUCUGGUGGAUCCGGACGACUGCACCCCCAUGACGACCAUCACCAAGUUCUACAACCACCCGCUGCACUUUGUCUUCAACGACACCAAACUGGACGCCAUGCUGGAGGAGUUCAAGAAAGGCAACUCUCACAUGGCCAUCGUCCAGAAGGUUAACAACGAGGGGGAGGGAGAUCCUUUCUACGAGGUGCUGGGAUUGGUCACGUUAGAGGACGUCAUCGAGGAGAUCAUCAAAUCAGAGAUCCUGGAUGAGUCUGAUGGCUACUUGGACAGGAAAGUGAAGCGUCCCCUCGCGCCGCUGGAGAUUCCUCUGGAGCCUCGCAGCGCCCACGAAGAGUUCUCUCUGUUCAAGCCUCCUGAAGGAGAACCCAAGAUCCGCACCUCACCACAGCUCCUGCUGGCGACACACCGCUUCCUGUCCAGAGAAGUGGAGCACUUCAGCCCCGGACGCGUGUCUGAGAAGGUCUUGUUCCACCUGCUCCGUCACCCCAGUGUCAACCAGGAAGUACACUUUGACCCAAACAACCGGCUGAGCGCGGCUCACUAUCUGUACACGAGAAACCACCCGGUGGACUAUUUCAUCCUGCUGCUGCAGGGUCGAGUGGAGGUGGAGAUCGGCAAAGAGGGGCUGAAGUUUGAGAACGGGGCUUUUACGUACUAUGGCGUGUCAGCUCUAACGCUGCCAUCUUCAGUGCACCAGUCUCCAGUGUCGACCCAGCGUCACUCCCCCAGGGAUCCCUUUGAGUCAGCAGAAGCUACAAGCCCGUCCAGCUAUUGUCCCGACUACACCGUCCGAGCUCUCACUGACCUGCAGCUCAUACGGGUGACACGUCUGCAGUAUUUGAACGCUCUCAUGGCGUCGCGGGUCGGUCAGAGUCCAGAUCCUCCCGAGAUCAAGAUCCUGCCCAACAGUCAGACCAAGCUGCUCAACGACAGAAACACCACACAAGGUGGCAGUAGAGCCCAGGAGAGCUCCACAGAAGAGGAGGCUCAUGGGUAGUGCAGUUCUGUCUGCCGGCUGUUAAAGACCUGCUUCAACUGAGUAGAGAUUUUUUUUUUUUUUUUUUUUUUUGCUGUUAUUGAUGAAUCAUCUAUGGCUGGAACGUAGUUAUUGGGCGAGACUGGAGUGAGAGUGGUUUUAUUUGUCUGUUAUGUAGAUCCACACUUCUCAUCUCCAUCCCCAUUCCUUUAUCUGCUCUUCAUUGAAAUUAUUAUUUUAUGUUGUUUUAUACACUUUGGAUAAUGUGUGUGUGUGUAUAUAUAUAUAUAUAUAUAUAUAUAUAUAUAUAUAUUAUAUAUAAAUACAUUUUAUUUUAAUUUGGCGGUGCCUAUCUUCCAGGUUUAGCCUUUAGUACUAAACUCUGCAUUGCCACUCCUCACUUUUGCCUGUCUGGGUGCCAAAGCUACAUGUGUAUAUGUGUGAUUUGUGUGUGUGUGUGUGUGUGUGUGUGUGUGUACUGAAGCAUCCGUCCGUUUGAGACACUAAAAACACACAAGUUGGUUAAAAGCAGAUUUGCACAUAAAUUUGUGCACUGUUGAUAGUAUGAAGCUAUUUUACGAGCUGUAAGGUACGUCCAGACUUUUAUACCCUCACUCAACAUUGCUGUCCGACAAACUGUGUGUGUGUGUGUGUGUGUGUGACUCAUUUCCUCUUUGAGCUUUUAGCAGCCCGGUUAGUUCAUAUUUAGAGUGAGGUGUGAAGGACUUCCAAAGCUGGCAGGUUGUAACCAAAGUAAAAAAAAGUUUAAACCCUCCUCGCUAACAAAGAGUGAUUUUUGGUUUAUUUUAAUUGAUGCUUAAGUUAACAGAAGCUAGAAAAGGCCUGAAGAUGAACCUGCGAGUGUUUGAUUACAGCUGAAACAGGGGAUUGUCAGAAUCAGCAUUUCUUUCGAUAUUUGAUUCAUUGUUUGUCAGUUGUGAGGAUUUGCUGCUGUUCUUUGUCUCAUAUGGUAACAACCUGAAUAUCUUUGGGCUUUAGACUGUUCAUCAGAGAAAACGAGACAUCUGAAGACAUCAGUUUGGACUUUAGGAAAUUGUGAUGGGCAUUUUUCACUCUCUCACCUGAUAUAGACUAAACAGAUAAUCAUCAUUAAAAAAAUAGAAGUUCAUGAAAGUACCUGCACUUCCUGUCUGUGGCGCUCAGCUCCAAGCCCAUUGGUUCCAGCUGAAGAUGUAAACCUUUAAAAACAGCUCACAAAUUUGU